UGGUGUAGUGCCGCGCCGCGUGCCCCGAUAGAACGAUCUCCCCUGCACUCCCUUUGGCUCUCAGAGAGUGCCACCGUGACGCGUGUGUGUGCUGGGAACGGAGCUGAAGGCAGUGUUUUGUGUUGUAAUAUAAUCCAACACAAGUAGUGAAGUGAAAAAAAAGAUAAAUAAAUAAACCAACAGCGUACAUAAGAUAAAGAAGAGAGAAAGAAAAAAAAAUAAAAGAGAAAGAAAUAAGAGAUAAAAAAAGCAAACAGAAAGUGAAAAAAAAGAAAAAUAAAAGAAAAAGAUAAAAAAACACGAAAGCCAAACGCGCGGUGCCAAUAACUUCUAAUGUGGCACUUCCAGCCGCCGACUCUCCCCGCCUCGCCGCCACCGCCACCUCCUCCUCCCGGGCGGCAGUGAGGAGAAACAACUCCUCAAUCCAACCUCAGCUUAAAACCAGCAACGAACGCACUCGGGUGGGGCGUGACCGUAACCACGGCACCUCCACUCCCGUGUGCGUGUGCGUGUGCGGGUGGAAGGAUCGGCAGAGGGCGGGGAGGUGGCGGCUCCAGAGAUUUCCAUGCAUCUCCACCUCGAGGCCACGUCCAAUGCCCGAAGUGACUGCUCCAUUCUCGCCCUGUCAUGGAUGGGCAAGGUCCCGGAUGACAUGCCCGAGGACGAGGGCUGGAAACUCAACCGCGUCCACUACUACCAAGAAGGCUGGCUGGCUACAGGUAACGCGCGGGGGAUCGUGGGCGUCACCUACACGACCUCCCACUCGAAGAAACCCUCCGAGCUACCUCCGAGGACCAACUACAACCUCAGAGGUCACCGAGCGGAGGUGACGCUGGUCAAGUGGAACGAACCGUACCAGAAGCUCGCCACAUGCGACUCCUCGGGCAUCAUCUUCGUGUGGAUUAAGUACGAGGGGAGGUGGAGCAUCGAGCUAAUCAAUGACCGCAACACGCCCGUCACCCACUUCUCCUGGAGCCACGAUGGGAGGAUGGCGCUCAUCUGCUACCAGGACGGUUUCGUGUUGGUGGGCUCGGUGGCGGGACAGAGAUAUUGGUCCUCCAUGUUGAAUCUGCAGUCAACCAUCACAUCCGGGGUGUUCACUCCUGAUGACCAGCAGGUAUACUUCGGCACCACAUCCGGCAUGGUGAUUGUCAUGGACGUCCACGGGGCUAUGGUGUCUCAAGUGCCACUCCUCGACGACACAGCGAUCACUGACCUCGCCUGGUCGUGCCCCAAGUUCAAGAUGGAAGAGAGUGACGACAACAACGCCAAAAAUAGCGACGCGAAUGCUCUCCUGGCGGUCGUGUUCCAUUCAGGACUCGUCUACCUCCUCCGCACCCACGACGAUCUCACGCCCGUGGUCGUCAGAACAGGACUCAGGGGCAUUCAGGUGGAAUGGACAAAUUCCGGGGAGGUGCUGGCCGUGGCGGGACACCUUCCUGACGAAGGGUGCACCGUCGGCACGGCCACCACGCACCCGGUCAGGAACGUGGUCAAGUUCUACACGAGGGGCGGCUCCCUUCGGUACACUCAUCACCUCCCGCUGUGUCAGAACCCGGUCACCGCCCUCACCUGGGGCCACAAUGACAAGCGGGUGUUCGUUGCAACGGGCGCCCAGUUGCACAUAGGGCGUGUCUCGAGGCGUGUUGCAUCGUUGCAGCUGCUCUGUCGCCUUGCAAUCAAGAGCAGAGUGACGGAGGAGGACAAGGUAGCGAAGUUACCCCUUCCAAGGAGACUGAGGGCGCUGGUGACGUCAUUGUAUACUCAGACUAUAAGGUGUUACAUCCCCGAGACGCGGCAGCUCCGUGACUUCGUGUCUCGCCCUCCAUGCAACAGCCAGAGGUUGCAUUGCACGAUGAUCAGGCACGACGAGGACCUCAUCCCUACCCCCGGGGCCUGCUAUACCCUCUACCUGGAGUACCUGGGGGGCCUAGUACCUCUCCUGAAGGGCAAGAGGACCUCCAAGAUCCGGCCGGAGUUCGUCAUUUUCGAUCCUCAAGUUGACGAAGCCAUGAACAAGGAGAACGGUGAUAGAUCGUGCGGAGGCGUGGGCGUGGGCGUCGGUGUGGGCGGCGUAGUGAACGGACACCCGGUUUUGAGUGACACUUCAGACACAGAAUACGAAGAUAUGUGUGCGUCUCCGAGAUUGCAGAGACGGCGAAAACUCAAGCGAAGAAUAAGGGAACGGUUAGAGAGCGAGACCGACGAACUUGUAUAUUUGGAUACGCUACCGGAGCAACACCGCCUCGUCGAAGUGACCUCCAACAUCUGGGGCACGAAGUUCAAGCUGCACGGGGUGGCCUCGUCUCUGCCGGCGAACCUAGGUCAGAUCACCUACAAGACCUCCCUCCUGCACCUUCAGCCGCGGCAGAUGACCUUGGUGAUCACGGAGCUACGGGAGGACAUUCCACCGCGACCUGACCCGACCUUUAAUCCUAAUGUCUUUUCGGAGGACGAGGAGGAUCUCGGGGAGCGCCUCGCCUCCCGGAGGGCGCCCGACCUGCCCUCGGACGUGCCGCCCAUCGCGCCCAUGACGCCCCGCCGGACGCCCUCCUCCUACUCGCGCCAGGGCCUCCACACCAAUCUCUGGGACGCGCCCACGCCCACGCCCGCGCCCAUCCCGCCCCCGACGGAGCUCGCGAGCGUCGAGGGCAAGCUGGAGGGCGAGAGUGACGGGGGCGGGCUGGAGGGCGUGGUCCUGGACGGCAGCGGCGGCGCGGCGCUCCUGCGCGAGCUGGAGGAGCACCCGUACGUCGACCUUGCCACGCCCGAGAUGCUGCAGCUGCGCGACGGCCUGCGGGCGGAGCUGCGCGGGGAGGCGCACGCCCACCACGCCCUGGCGCCCACGACCACCAGCGCCGCGCCCACCACCAACCACCACAGCCAGCCCGAGGCGCACGUGUUCUCCCUGGUGCGCAGCUCGGCGCCGUCCAGCCCCAAGCACUCCGUCAGCCACUUCUGCUGCGACGCCGGCACGCUGCAGUCGCCCAAGAACAUCGUGGCGCCCAUCGUGACGCGCCACUCGACCGCCGCCAGCGCCGCCCUCCUGGAGAUCGGCGGCGGCGAGGUGGGGCUCGUGGGCGGCGCGCGGACGGGCAUCAAGACCUCCUCCCCCGUCGUGGCCGCCUCCGGGGCCAGCAGGACGACCUCCUCGUCGUCGUCGUCGUCGUCCUCGUGCGCCUCGUCCAGCGCCCCGCCCAGGCACGAGGAGCUGCGCCUGGUGAGCUCUGACAACGCGCUCCUCCUCCACCACUUCGCCAGCAGCGCCCCCGCCCCCUCCCUGCCACCCACCCCCGCCAGCAACGCCACCUCUACCGCCUCCGCCCACAACACGACCGCAACCAACAACCACCUCAACCACACCACCACCAACGUCACCACCACCACCACCACCAACUGCAACAAUAACAACAACAAUAACAGUAACAACAACAACAAUAAUAACAACAACAAUAACAACAACAACAACAACAACAAUCAGAACAACAACAGCAACACCUACUACAGCAGCAGCAGUACAAGCAGCAGUAACAGCAGCAGCGGAAACAGCACAUACCGCAGCCCUACACACACACAGAGCGAGAGCGGCGGCCUCAAGAAUGACGUCAUCCGCUACAUCGACGAGGAGAGCGGCGAGUCGGACGGCCGGUCCUUCACGCCCUCGCCCGCCCGCAACCCACGCCCACGCCCGCUCUACUGUCGCGCCCGCAGCAAGAGCGUGGGCCAUCUGCACAACCUGGAGCCCGCCUUCACCGCCGCCCACACUCACGCCCACCACCAGCUGCCGCCGCAACUGCACCAGCUGAGGAACAUCGACGCUUACUUGGCCUUCCGACGCUCCGGCUCCCUCAAGGACUCCGUCAAGAAGCGCCAGGACCAAGUGGGCGAGAGCCACCCCCGACGCCCGUGUCUCGCCGACUGCGGGAAGAGUCGAAGUCUUGACUCCUCCCCCUUGAUCGUGAAGCGCCGCCUCCCCCUCCAGACGCACCACAAACACCACGCCAGUCACCACACUCACCAGCACAACGCCUCGUCCUCAUCACAGACCUCCUGCUCCUCCACCACCACCUCCGCCAUCACCACCACCACCACCGCCGAUCUCCACCACAACGGCGCGGGGGACAAACAGCAGAGGAACUUCACCAGAACGCUAAAGAGCGCGCUGGUCGAGCGGCUGGCGGCGCUGCAGAGGGAGUGCCAGGGAACACCCCAGCCCCCGCCCACCCCCAGGCACCAGCCCACCCCCGAGGCCGCCCGACGCCUCAACCCGGCCGCCCACACGCCCUCGCACUCGCCCACGCCCUCGCACUCGCCGCCGAUCUCCUCCGCCCACGCCAGCAAGAGCAUUCCAUCCACGCCCGUCAAGACGCGGAAGGCGCGGCGCCACCAGUCCUCGUCGCCCAUCAGGAAACACUUGUUGAAUUCGCCGCUGCUCUCUCGGCGAAGACAGCGACGUGGCACAGUGGAGAGCAGUGACGACGAGGUGGUUCACUGUUCGAGCGACGCCGAGGUGCUCUGUUCCUCGUCCAACUACAGGGACCUCGAGACGUUUCAGAAGACGCAGCUGAGGAAUAAGCUCCGACGGUCGCGCGGCCGGAGCGACGGCAGCCUGGGCGGCGGCAGCGGCGGCGGCAGCGGCAGCGGCGACAGCUCGGGCUCGCCGACGCCGCGACACCGCCAGUUCGUGAUGCACAACAAGGCGCCGCUCUGGAACGAGAACUCGCAGGUGUACCAGCUCGACUUCGGCGGGAGAGUCACGCAGGAGUCGGCCAAGAAUUUCCAGAUCGAGUUUAAGGGCAAGCAGGUGAUGCAGUUCGGGCGCAUCGAUGGGAACGCCUACACGCUCGAUUUCCAGUACCCGUUCAGCGCGGUGCAGGCCUUCGCUGUGGCCUUGGCUAAUGUCACGCAGAGGCUCAAAUGAUACAGGAUGUACCCGGAGAGCCAGGCCGCUCACAGCCACAGCGUUGUCAUCCUGGAGUUCUGGUGACGUCAGCUGCUGAUCCUUUUCACCGUGAACUACUGGGUCAUUCUAUGUUCCGAUUGUGAAAACGUUGUUGUUAUCAAAGCGAUCUGUUCUGUUUAGUAUUGCUACUAAUGUUACUACACAAGCAGAGAAUUAGAAGAAGAUAGAUUUUUUUUUCUUAUUC